CCCUGUGGGCCUGCGGCGGCGGUGGCUCCAUGUCCACCCCUCCGUUGGCGGCGCCGGGCAUGGCGCCCGGGCCCUUCGCCGGGCCCCAGGCGCAGCAGGCCGCCCGGGAGGUCAACACAGCAUCGCUGUGCCGCAUCGGCCAGGAGACGGUGCAGGACAUCGUGUACCGCACCAUGGAGAUCUUCCAGCUCCUGAGGAACAUGCAGCUGCCAAAUGGUGUCACUUACCAUACUGGAACAUAUCAAGACCGGUUAGCCAAGCUACAGGAUCAUCUUCGCCAACUUUCUAUUCUCUUCAGGAAGCUGAGAUUGGUGUAUGACAAAUGUAACGAAAACUGUGGUGGGAUGGAUCCCAUUCCAGUAGAGCAACUUAUUCCAUAUGUGGAAGAAGAUGGCUCAAAGAAUGAUGACCGGGGUGGCCCACCUCGUUUUGCAAGUGAAGAAAGGCGAGAAAUUGCUGAAGUAAAUAAGAAACUCAAACAGAAGAAUCAACAGCUGAAGCAAAUUAUGGAUCAAUUACGAAAUCUCAUCUGGGAUAUAAAUGCCAUGUUGGCAAUGAGGAACUAAACUGAUAUAUAAAUUUCGUGCUUUCCACAUGUUACACCAAUUUCUCCCUCAAGUACUUUUUUCUCUUUGCAAAAGAUUAUCUGCUUUUGUUCUAGUCACUGGAAUUAAAUUCCCUAUUUUUACUUUAAAAUAAAAAUUAAUUUGCAAGUUUUUUUUCCCAAUGAUUCUGUGAAAGAUUAUUGUAAUAGACUUUCACGGGGUUUUGGUUAUUCUUCACAAAUUGUCUUUUAAAAGCAAAAUUAAGUGUUGUAAAUAAAUUUUUCAACUU